AUGGAUGCCCUUCAGAGAGCCAGACGACCAGUUCGGAAUGGAGCUAAAAAGAGGAUAGCUGAGUUAAACAGACUGUUCCAAGUGGAACCAAUUUCGAAGGAAAGGAUUCAAUUUGUACUGAAGACACUGAAUGAGGAACAAAUUAACUUAGCAGAGUUAGACCAGAAGAUUUUAGGUCAGAUGGUGGAUGAUGGAGUUGACGAAACGGAUCAAGACACGGAAUAUGAAGCUAUUAUAGAAAUGAGACAGCAAAUAAUGACAACUUGUUUUAAAGCUGAAGAAAUCAUAGAAUCUUUGGUACCAGUCGUAUUGCCCCCAUCCAGUAUUACAUUUGGAUCUGAAGGUGGAGCAAGAGGAUUUCGAUUACCCAAGAUCGAGUUGAAGAAAUUUUCAGGAGAGUUCAAGGAUUGGUUAGGAUAUUGGGCUCAAUUUGAAAAAAUUGACCAAGAUAGUUCUUUGCCCGUCAGUGAUAAGUUUCAGUAUUUACUUCAGUCACUUUUACCUGGAACCGAUGCACAUGAGAUAGCAAGUAGCUAUCCCCAGUCAAAUGAAAACUAUCCUAAGGUAAUUGAAGCUCUUAAACGAAGAUACGGGAAUGAAGAUUUACUACUUCAAGUUUACAUUAGAGAAUUAUUAAAGUUAGUCAUUUCCAAUGUGAAUUCAAAUGACAAGAUCCCUUUUCAAAUGUUACAUAUUAAGCUAGAAUCACACUUACGAGCACUGAAAACACUUAAUCUUGAAAAAGCUGAUCCUGCCACAUGGCUUUAUCCAUUAGUUGAGUCAAGUCUACCAGAAGAGAUUCUUUUGACAUGGCAGCGUAGUUCUUUGGCUGUCCAUGAUGGAAGUGAAGAUACACCUUCGAGGAACCGCUUAGACCUGCUCAUGGAAUUUCUGGAUAAGGAAGUAGGGAUCCAACAGAAGAUUAGUUUGGCUCGAAAAGGAUUUGGAAUGGAGAUCAAGCCAAAGAAAGCAAAUGUUCAAGCUAAAAACAAAUUAUCUCAACCUACCCCAACCUUAGCUUCUUGUCAUGAUGGAGAUCAAUCUUGUUUAUUUUGUGGGAAGAGUCAUGGAAGCAAAGAAUGUAGUAAUGCUAAGAAAUGGCCACUUGAGAAGAAAAGAGAUGUACUAAAAGAAAAACAAGUUUGUUCUUCAUGCUUCAAGAGUGGACACCCGGCUAAAUUUUGCAAGAAUAAGAAGAAUCUCAACUGUUUCAUUUGUGGCGGAAAACAUUAUCCUGUCAUGUGUUCUAACCUUGCUGAUAAAUCAAAAGGGAAUAAAGUUACAGAUUAUACUACAUCUGCCACUGCCGAAAAUAUGACCGGAUGUGUGAAUCAGAUUUGUAGCAAAGAAAUAGAUCUACAGACACUUAUAGUUCGAGCAAGAUGUGGAACUAAGGAGAAGACAGUGAGAAUAUUCUUAGACAACGGCUCCCAAGGAUCCUACAUUUUGAAAUCAACUGCUAAGGAUCUAGAACUAGAAGUAAAAGGAACAAACAAAAUUACUCAUUCACUCUUUGGAGGCACUCAGACGAAAGUAAUUACUCACAAUAUACAUCAUGUGACAUUGGACAAGAUUGGUGGAAAAGAAUAUUCAUGUAUCAUUGGAGUACGUGACGAAGAAAAGAUCUGCAACUUUAUUCCACGUGUUUCAAGUAACUCUAUUGUAGUUAAAGAGUUGAACAGGAAAAAAAUAAAGUUGUCAGAUGUGGGAGAUGGAUGUCCUCCAAUUGAAAUCUUACUUGGUGUUGACGUUUAUGGGAGACUUCUGACGGGAAACAAAAUAACACUUUCCAAUGAAGUCACAGCAAUUGAAACGAAGUUAGGUUGGACGUUAUGUGGGAGGAUGGGUGAAAGAGAUGAUAAUAAUUUAUCAAUGUGUAUCCUGUCUAUGGUUAUUCAAGAUGCAUCGGUUUCACAGCUUUGGGAUCUCGAUCUACUUGGAAUUCGAGAUGAAACUGAUGUGAUAUCUGUGGAACAGCAAGAACAAGAAGAUAAGCAAAAGUUCUUUAACUGUUUGACAAGGAAUGCAGAUGGGAGAUAUGUUGUAUCCCUUCCUUGGAUAGAUGACCACCCACCACUACCUACAAAUUAUGAAGUUGCAAGGUUACGCUUAAAUCAUGCUACUAAACGUUUGGAAGAAAAUAAACUGUUUGAAGAAUAUGCUAAAUUGUUUCAACUAUGGAAAGACGAAGACUUUAUCGAAGAAAUCAACCCUAUUGUCUGUGACAAGAAAGAAAAGGUUCACUAUGUUUCCCAUCGAGCAGUGAUCAAACUGAGCAGUUCUACUACCCCGGUUAGACCUGUUUUUGAUGCCUCAUGUAAGGUUGGAAAAGGACCUUCAUUGAACGAGUGUCUUAAGAAAGGAAAUAACUUUAUCAAAAUGAUUCCUGAUAUGUUGUUACUGUUUCGAGAAAAGAAAGUGGGAUUUGUUUCUGAUAUUCGCAAAGCUAUCCAGAUGAUUGAAGUGAAUGAACAAGAUAGAGAUUGUAUGAGAUUUCUUUGGUGGAAAGAUAAAUCCAAACAACACGUAGUAGAAUACCGUCACAAACGUGUCAUGUUUGGUACGAAUUGUAGUCCCUUUAUCCUUGGAGCAGUCUUAGAAUUUCAUUUGGUAAAUGUUCAGAAUGAAAACAAAGACAUUGCCCAGAAACUGUAUAAUUCUUUAUACGUGGACAACUGUGUCAGUUCUGAAAAUACCGUGGAGGAGUACAAGAAUUUUCGAACAAAAUCAGUUCAAUUGUUAGCUGAAGCUGGAAUGGACUUUGGAUGUCAAAUGUAG